AUGGCAGGACGAAGUUUAUUUUUUAUAUUGUUUCUGUGUAGCUUAAGCGUUGGGAUAUUUGGAAAAUUCGGCUUAAGGGACCAUUCUCCGCGUUAUCAGGAUCUAAACGCAAGCGACGAUGACGAGGCUAACCAAUCUCCACUGAAUCCUAAGGGAAGACCAAUUCAAAAAGCAAAGAUCUGCAUUAUGACACCGUUUAAAAAAUACUGCGUCGGCGAGCAACAUGGACUGUGA